AUGUCAGAACUCGAGCAUCCCAAGAAGCUUCACAUAGCCAUGUUCCCAUGGGUCGCCAUCGGCCACAUCACCCCUUUCAUCCACCUGGCCAACGUCCUCGCCGGCCGUGGCCAUUCCAUCUCCAUCCUCCUCCCUCCAAAGGCCCUUUCACAGCUGGCCCACCACAACCUCCGGCCGGAACUCGUCUCUCUCCACCCUGUCCCCGUUCCCCACGUCCCGGGCCUCCCUGCCGGAGCUGAGACCGCCUCUGACAUCGACAUCACCGCCAAGAACCCACUCGCCAUAGCCUUCGAUGCCAUGUCCCCAGAGGUCGAGUCCCUGCUGAUCGACCUCAGGCCUGACGUUGUUUUCUACGACUUCGCAGACUGGAUCCCGGCCUUAGCUGCGAAGAUCGGGUUCAAGACCGUAUGCUACAACGUCAUCUGCGCCUCGGUCAUGGCGAUCGGCGGGGUUCCGGCGAGGGUCAUCCCGGAGGACCGACCGCUGACGGACGAGGAGCUGAUGACGCCGCCGGAGGGGUACCCCUCCACCACAGUCGUCCUCCGCGGCCAGGAGGCCCGCACCCUGUCCUUCAUCGCCAUGGACUACGGCGCAACACGGUUCGACGCCCGAAUCUCCGCCGCCAUGAGCGGCUGCGACGCCAUCGGGAUACGCACCUGCCGCGAGCUGGAGGGCCCGAUGUGCGAUUACCUCUCGGCGCAGUACGGGAAGCCCGUCAUCCUCUCCGGCCCGGUCCUCCCGGAUUCCCCCAAGGGCCAGCUAGAGGACCGUUGGAAGACCUGGCUCGACAAAUUCGGGCCCAGGUCCGUUGUCUACUGCGCCUUCGGCAGCCAGAUGAUCCUCCAGAAGGCACAAUUUCAGGAGCUCUUGCUCGGAUUCGAGAUGACGGGCCUCCCCUUCUUCGUCGCCCUAUCGAAGCCCCACGGCGCCGACUCGAUAGAGGAGGCCCUGCCGGAGGGGUUUCUGGAUCGGGUCGGGGAACGGGCGGUGGUGACCGACGGGUGGGUCCAGCAGGAACAGAUCCUGAAACACGUGGCGGUGGGGUGCUUCGUGAGCCAUUGUGGGUUCGGGUCAAUGUGGGAGUCGCUGCUGAGCGAGAGCCAGAUCGUGUUGGUGCCGCGGCUGGCGGACCAGAUCCUGAACACGCGGCUGCUGGCGGAGGAUCUGAAGGUGGCGGUGGAGGUGAAGAGAGGGGAAAUGGGGUGGUUCUCUGCGGAGGAUCUAUGCGGGGCGGUGAAGAGCGUUAUGGAGGAAGAAAGUGAGGUGGGGAAGACGGUGAGAGCUAACCAUGGUAAGUGGAGGGAGACUCUGGUUAGGCCGGGGUUUAUGGAUGGUUAUGUCGAUGGGUUUAUAGACCAAUUGUAUGGGCUCACUGGUUAA